AUGUUCAUCAGAUAUCGAGGAAAAGUACUUUACAAUUUGAGACCGUCAAAAAAUUCUGAAGUUUACUUACAGACCACAGCUUUAAUGUUUUUCUCGUUUGGUCUCCCUAUUUUCAUAUCUAUUUAUAAUUACAAUUUCACGGGUAAGUCUAUCCGACAAAUCCUCCCUAUUGGGAAAUAUAAACUUCAGGUUUGGGGUGCCCAAGGCGGUGGAGAUAGAGGUGGAAGGGGUGGUUAUUCUGAAGGCAUUUUAGAUCUUAGAAGUGAAACCAAUGUAUAUAUAAACGUUGGUGGCCCAGGAUAUGCUGCUAGAAAUGAAAUAGCAUUAGGUGGUUUCAAUGGAGGAGGAUCCACAGAAUCUAAUUCUGAAUAUGGCAGAAUUGGAUGUUCAGGUGGAGGAGGAACGGAUAUUAGGGUGAUUGAAAAUGAUCCAACGAAAAGAAUAAUUGUGGCUGGUGGCGGUGGUGGUCAAGGAUUUGAUACAUCUCAUCGCAAUAUCGAAAUCGGUGGAUAUGGCGGUGGCAUAAAAGGGGGCAAACCAAAAUAUCAAUCUGAAGGCUUUGCAUUUUGGAAAGGAGGAAAUGGCCCCUUGCUGGCGGAGGAGGUGGCUGGUAUGGUGGUUAUGGACAACAAUAUAUUCCUGAUGGAGCUGGUGGAGGUAGUGGAUUUGUUUACAACGAAUCUGCAGAAAAAUUUUCUAAUCGAGAUUAUUAUUUAA